AUGAUAAAGACCAUUUCUCUCAUUGCACUUUUCAGCCUGUUGUUUUCUAUAGGUUGCCGGCAACCGGAGCAAAAGGUAACGGCAGACAGGGUAAUUGGCAAAGGGCAAAUGCCCAAUAUUGCUACCGGUAAAGACAACCGCCUCCAUGUGGUGUAUGGCAGUGGGGAUAGUAUUCUUUAUUCCGUUUCGGGUGAUGGAGGGAAAACGUUUUCAAUACCGGGUCUGGUGGCGGUGUUGCCGGCACUGGCCGCCGCUCACAUGCGCGGACCACAGAUAGCAGCUACCAGCAAAGGGCUGCUGGUACUGGCAGUAACAAAACCGGGCGAUAUUUAUGCUUACACAAAAGACAAUAAUGGCGAAUGGAAAGCGAACGGUAAAAUAAAUGAUAUUGAUACCGUGGCAAAAGAAGGCCUGAUGGCGGUAAGCAGUGAUCAUGAACUUGUUUUUGCAGUCUGGCUGGAUCUAAGAGACAAGCACAAUAAACUGGUGGGCGCAAAGUCUGCAGAUGGGGGUAAGACCUGGUCAACAAACAACAUCGUGUAUGCCUCACCAGAUACUACCGUGUGUGAAUGCUGCAAACCAUCUGUAGUGGUACAGGACCAACAUGUAUAUAUAAUGUUCCGCAACUGGCUGAAGGGGAACAGGGAUAUGUAUUUGAUCCACUCUGCCAAUGCCGGUGAUAGUUUUGAAGCAGCACAAAAACUGGGUGAAGGAAGUUGGGCGCUGGACGGCUGUCCAAUGGACGGCGGAGCAUUGCAGGUCAACAGCAAGGGCAUUCCAGAAACCGUGUGGCGCCGCAAACAAACCAUCUAUGCAUGUAUACCCGGCCAGCCGGAAACCGCCCUUGGGGAGGGAAAGGGCUGUACGCUUACCAUUGCAGCUAACAGGAACAUAUAUGCAUGGACCAACGACGGCAAUAUUAUGAUCCGAAAACCCGGAGGCGCUGACAUCAACCUGGGAAAAGGCCAGCUUCCGCUGCUGAGUAAUAACGGCAAUGCACAGGUGACCUGCAUCUGGGAAAGCGAUAAACAAAUUCAUGCUGCUACAGUAACCUUGUAG